ACUCCGAAAUACGACAUUCAUCUAAACUUCCGAUUGUCUCCAGCUGCACAUAGCUUUAUUUGCUGGACUUUGGGAGCGAAUGAACUUCGGCAUUAUGAACUGAACGGUGUAGAGUCACGCUGUAGAAAUAAGACGAUUUGUGUGCCACACUGGAACAAGACCAGCUCGGCUCUGUAGCCUGCUCUCUUACAGGAUCGCGUUUGGGUUUUGUCAUCUGUUGACUUGGGAGUGUUGCACACAGAAGACAGAUCAUGGACAUUGACACCAACAGCCACCAUGGACAGAACCAGUCUGUGGUGUUCAUUAAUUACUUUAACUCCAGCUGCCGCUUCGAUGAGGAGUUUAAAUACAUUCUGCUGCCUGUGUCCUACAGUCUGGUGUUUGUGGUCGGCUUGGCACUGAAUGCCCUGGCUUUGUGGAUGUUCCUCAAGAAGAUGCGGCCCUGGAAACCCAGCAUUGUAUACAUGUUCCACCUCGCCCUGUCUGACUUCCUCUAUGUUCUGUCCCUUCCCACGCUCAUUUACUACUACGCCAACCGCAGCCACUGGCCCUUCGGUGUGGCAGCAUGCAAGAUAGUGCGCUUCCUGUUCUACGCCAACCUCUACUGCAGCAUCCUCUUCCUCACCUGUAUCAGCGUGCACCGUUACCUUGGCAUCUGCCACCCCAUCAAAGCAAUGACCCUGGUUAAGUCACGCCACGCCCACCUGGUGUGCUGUCUGGUGUGGGCUAUGGUGACAGCGUGCCUGGUGCCCAACCUAAUCUUUGUCACCACCUCCCAGAGGGACAACGACACACUGUGCCACGACACCACCAGCCAGGAGGCCUUUGAUCAAUAUGUCGACUAUAGCUCUGCUGUUAUGGUGCUGCUGUUUGGUAUUCCUUUCCUGGUCAUCAUGGUGUGUUACUGCCUGAUGGCACGGGCCCUGUGCCGGCCCAGACGGGGAUUAUCUGCCAGCCAGCAGGGUGGCGCCUCCCGCCAGAAGUCCAUCAAACUGAUCAUAGUGGUGCUGGUGGUGUUUGCUGUGUGCUUUGUUCCAUUCCACAUCACACGAACCCUCUACUACACCUCUCGUGUGCUGGAUCUAAACUGUGAAUUCCUGAACAUUGUCAACUUUACUUACAAGAUCACCAGGCCGCUGGCAAGUGUGAACAGCUGCAUUGAUCCCAUUCUGUAUUUCCUGGCUGGGGAUCAGUACCGCUCCAAGCUGGUGACAGCACUGACAGGAAAGAGACAGACUACCAGCGGCCGAUCACCUGACCACGCACAAACACCGCCUAACAAUAACCAUGACAUUGCUCUGGUCUAUGCAAACUCUCACCUCAAAGAUCGUGGGGAGAUUGAGAGAUAGAGGGAUGAUCACACCUAUCAUUGUAUAAUCUCACCCUUGUAGAAAUCCAUCAGAUUUAAGAUUUCUGCUCUGGGCACAGCGUACAUUUCGGGUGUCACAGCUACAGGCCUUUGAUGGAUUUUGCACUCAGAGGUUCAGAGCUGAGAAGAUGUCCUUUAAAAACCAAAUGUUACGCAUUGACACUCCACCAAAUAUUUGUAUUGCCACAACACACAAAAAGAAUGCCAUACUGAAAUACUUUUAACCCUAGAC